UGUCACCUGUGGCUUUCCUGUCGCACCUUCCAGAGGCAGUGUGGACGUUAAGGAUCGGACAUCACCCUUUUCGAUAAACUCAGUGGUAAACUUAUAUUGUGACAAAGGACUAUUCCUAGCUGGUGAUAUGUCCAGUACGUGUGAAAAUGUGGGUGGAGUGGGAACUUGGAAGCCGGACACGAACAUCACAUGCAGAGAUAUGCCUGUCAACUGCUCUCUACCCAAAAAGCCAUCCAACGGAACUAUAGUGAACUAUGAGAGUUUGAAUGAGACAGUGUCGGAGGGAACAGUGCUGACUUACCAGUGUGACAAUGGACUCUCACUGACUGGACCCAACACCAUCACUUGCACUAAUGCUGGUGUCUGGAGUACUGAGCCUGAGGCAAUCGUGUGUGUACUUGAAUAUUAUAUUUCCGCCACCUUAUCCACUGGUGCUGCUAUCGUUAUAAGUGUGAUCAUCACUUUCAUUGUGACUCUAGUCACUGGAUUCCUCACUGGACUCUUAGUGAUGCACCUUUGCUCCCGUAAGAAGGCAGCUGAAGGACAAGCUAACGUAGGACCCACUGUACCAGCUGGUCCUGUUUAUGAGGAGGUGUCACCCAAAAUGGAAAUUGAGCUAUAUAGUAACCAUGCAAGCAUAUGAACCAGUGUAUACGUAGGACUUUGAAAGUUUAACAGUGUCUGCAUAAUAAUUUAUAGCUUAUCAGUUGUACAUGCAUAAUUAUAGCCAAGGUUUUAUAUAAUAGCAACUUUAUUCAAUC